AUGAGGUUCACUACGGCCACACUCAUUACCCUGAGCCUUCUGGCCGGCAACGUCGUUUCUGCUCCCACUGCGCCGGUCAGCGACGUUGCUGCUCCCGUCGAGGCUCGUGCUGCAGACUUUGUCGAUGCCGCCCACCUCGAGGCCCGCAAAAACAAGAAGAAGAAGAAGAAGGCCAAGGCCGCUGCUAGGAGUAUCGCCAAUCUAGAGGCUCGUGACAAUGAUGACGACACUGACGAUGUUGCUGCCGUCGAAAUCCGUACACCAGACUUUGUGGCCAACGAUGCCGCUCACCUCGAGGCCCGCAAGAACAAGAAGAAGAAGAAGAAGGCGAAGGCCGCUGCCAGGGAUAUUGCCGACCUCGAGGCUCGCGACGAAGAGGGGGAUGAUGCUGCUCACCUUGAGGCCCGCAAGAACAAGAAGAAGAAGAAGAAGGCGAAGGCCGCUGCUAGGGAUAUCGCCGACCUCGAGGCUCGCGACGAAGAGGGGGAUGAUGCUGCUCACCUUGAGGCCCGCAAGAACAAGAAGAAGAAGAAGAAGGCGAAGGCCGCUGCCAGGGAUGUUGCCGACUUCGAGGCCCGUGACGAAGAGGGGGACGAUGCUGCUCACCUUGAGGCCCGCAAGAACAAGAAGAAGAAGAAGAAGGCGAAGGCCGCUGCCAGGGAUAUUGCCGACCUCGAGGCUCGCGAUGAAGAGGGGGACGAUGCCGCUCACCUUGAGGCCCGCAAGAACAAGAAGAAGAAGAAGAAGGCGAAGGCCGCUGCCAGGGAUGUUGCCGACCUCGAGGCCCGUGACGAAGAGGGGGACGAUGCUGCUCACCUUGAGGCCCGCAAGAACAAGAAGAAGAAGAAGAAGGCGAAGGCCGCUGCCAGGGAUGUUGCCGACCUCGAGGCCCGUGACGAAGAGGGGGACGAUGCUGCUCACCUUGAGGCCCGCAAGAACAAGAAGAAGAAGAAGAAGGCGAAGGCCGCUGCCAGGGAUGUUGCCGACCUCGAGGCUCGCGAUGAAGAGGGGGACGAUGCCGCUCACCUUGAGGCCCGCAAGAACAAGAAGAAGAAGAAGGCGAAGGCGAAGGCUGCCGGUGCGGCUUAG